GCACCGCCGCCACCGCCGCGCGCCGAUCCCAUGUCGCUCUCGAGCAUCAUGUCCUCCGGCGCCGACGCCGAGCCCGCGAAGCCGCCGCAGCCCACGUCGCUUGCCGCCAUGUUUGUCAAGCAGGAGGCCAUGCCCUCGCCCGCCCCGGCCGACUUGCCGCACGCAAACGGCUACCGCCCCUACGAGGCCAGACUGCCCGUCGGAGGCGCCCCGCCACCGCACUAUGCCACCCGCGAGCUGGCCAUGCCCGACGAGGCCGACGUCCAGGCCGCCCUUGCGCACAUCGAGACCACGCAGAUGAACGAGCUCGACGCCGCCGGCGCCCCGCACGAGCGCGAGCAAUACGCCCAGAACAGCAAGAAGCGCGCCCUGGAGGUCACAACCGCAGAGGACACCAAGCGCAAGCGUCGCCGCGAUGCUCACCUGAAAAAGUUCGCCGACACUAUGGCUGCUCAUCGAGACUAUGCCAAGCAAUCAUACAACGCCGAACACGAGGGCGAGGCAUGGCAGCAGGUGCAGAGUCAGGAGAUUGCCGAAGAGAAGGAGCGCAAGAAGGACAUGCAGCGAAAGAGGCGGCGUGAGAAGACCAUCCAGAACGAGGAGGCCAAGCGUGCUGAAGCACUGGCCAAAGCUGGACAGGCUGACAAUGAGGAGGAGAAGGAGAGGCACCUUCUCAUUGCCCAGAAAGCCGAACGCAAGGCCAAGAACACCUCGCAGCUUCUGCAGGGCAACGCCCCGAUCAAGGACAUCCGCGACGUCACACCCAACGGGCCAAACAUGGAGGGUGGAACCAUGAGCUCGUUCCAGGCAUCUGACGACCUCGCUGCCAGCAAACGCAAGGGCGCCCGUGGCAAUGGUCGUCUCAAGAAGAGCAAGGAACAGAAGCAGGCAGAAAAGGAUGCUGCCGCCGCUGGGCAAGCUGCUAUUGACCGUGGCGACGACCUUCCCACCAUUGCACCCCGCGAAGAAGCACGUCUGGGCAUGUUGCAGAGCCGCAGCGAGACGGAGGACAUCGGUCCCGUUGUUCUCACCUCAUACGAUUCUCAGGCAUACCGGAACAUCUACAAUCAAAUCGUUAAGGACAUCGCUCGCAAAGAUGUCCCCAAGGUCGUUCGCAUCAAGGAGAACUCCCUGUCAACGAAGCAAUCGAACCUUCGCAAGACCGCACAGCUAGCGUCAAAGGAGGCUCGUAGAUGGCAGAUGCGUACCAACAAGAACACCAAGGACAUGCAGGCGAGGGCGAAGCGUGGAAUGCGUGAAAUGUUGGCGUUCUGGAAGAGGAACGAGCGUGACGAGCGCGAGUCCCGAAAGAACGCUGAGCGACAGGAGCUUGAGAGUGCAAAGAAGGCUGAGGCGGACCGCGAAGCCAACCGGCAAAAGCGAAAACUCAAUUUCCUCAUCUCGCAGACCGAGCUGUACUCUCAUUUCAUCGGCAAGAAAGCCCGCACGGCUGAGAUCGAGAGAUCAACAGAUGAUGCAGAAACUGCCGCGAGCGCGCCGGCCGAAGAUCACAAGAGCGGGCUCGACAUCUCCAAGAUCUCUGCACAGGCCCCGGGCAAAGUCACCAACUUUGAGGACCUCGACUUCGAUAACGAGGAUGAAGGGGCUCUCAACGCCGCUGCCAUGGCCAAUGCUCAGCACGCUAUACAGGAGGCGCAAGACAAAGCCCGAGCCUUUAACAAGGGUGGCGAGGGCGAGGAUGAUGGCGAGCUGAACUUCCAGAACCCGUCAGGUUUGCAGAACAGGGAAGACUGGAUCCCUCAGCCCGGCUUGCUCAACUGCACGCUCAAGGAAUACCAACUCAAGGGCCUCAACUGGCUGGUCAAUUUGUACGAGCAGGGUAUCAACGGUAUCUUGGCCGAUGAAAUGGGACUGGGAAAGACAGUGCAGUCCAUCUCCGUUAUGGCAUAUCUGGCAGAACGAUACAACAUCUGGGGACCUUUCCUUGUCAUUGCUCCGGCCUCGACGUUGCACAACUGGCAACAAGAAAUCACCAGAUUCGUGCCGGAUCUCAAUGUAUUGCCAUACUGGGGCACAGCCAAGGAUCGAAAGGUUCUACGCAAGUUCUGGGAUCGCAAGCACGUCACAUACGACAAAAACUCACCCUUCCACGUUGUUGUCACAUCCUACCAGCUGGUCGUCCAAGACGCACAAUAUUUCCAGAAGAUGCGCUGGCAGUAUAUGAUUCUCGACGAAGCUCAGGCUAUCAAAUCUUCUCAGAGUUCCAGAUGGAAGAGUUUGCUUGCCUUCCACUCGCGCAACCGACUGCUGCUCACUGGAACACCCAUUCAAAACAACAUGCAGGAACUGUGGGCUCUGCUCCAUUUCAUCAUGCCAACUUUGUUCGACUCCCACGAUGAGUUCAGUGACUGGUUCUCAAAAGACAUCGAAAGCCACGCCCAGAGUAACACCAAGCUGAACGAGGAUCAACUCAGGCGUCUGCACAUGAUCCUCAAGCCAUUCAUGCUGAGGCGUGUCAAGAAGCACGUCCAGAAAGAACUGGGAGACAAGAUCGAGCUCGACGUCUUCUGCGACCUCACGUACCGACAGCGCGCUUACUACACCAAUUUGCGGAACAAGAUCAGCAUCAUGGAUCUCAUCGAGAAGGCUGUUGGAGACGACCAGGAUAGCGCAACACUGAUGAACCUCGUCAUGCAGUUCAGGAAGGUGUGCAACCACCCUGACUUGUUCGAGCGCGCCGACACAUGGUCACCGUUCUCCUUCGCGUUCUUCGCCGAGACCGGAUCUUUCUUGCGUGAGGGGCAGAAUGUUCGAGUUGCCUAUUCAACGCGUAAUUUGAUUGAAUACUCUCUACCUCGGUUAGUAUGCCGCAACGGUGGCAGACUCGAUAUUGCUGGCUCAGAGAACCCCAAGGCUGGUUUCAACGGCCAUUGGUUGUAUAACCAGCUGAACAUCUGGACACCAGACAACCUCGAGAGGUCAGCCCGGGAGGCCGGAGCGCACUCGUGGCUCCGCUUUUCAGAUGUGUCGGCGAGCGAAGCGUCGAAGAUUGCCAAGAGUGAUUUGUUCCAGAGGUCCAUCGAGCUUGGAGAGAAACCCAACAAGAGCGCUCGCUUCAACAUUCUCUACGACGAAGACAACGGCAAGUGGGCACCGAAGCAUUCCAUGCUGAACAUUGUCAGCCGACAGGACAGGCAGCCUCUGGCCGAGCUUACUACUGAGGGCUACAUGCACAACCUCCUUAACGUGGCCCGGCCUGCUUUUGAAGAGACUGGACUCAACUUCGUCGAACGGUGCGCAAAGCCUGUCGCUGCUGCUCCACCAGUCGAGCUGUAUUGCGCCAGCCAAGCUGUCAUCGCCGAAAAGCAGAACACAUUCUUUAACCCCUCGAUUCGAUCUGCCCUGUACGGUAUCUCAAGCACGGUCGAACAAACGAUGCUCGAGUCCAAAUCGGACAGCGCAGCUUUGAUCGUUCGUGACAGGCUGCCGCCUCCGACCAAUGAGAGAUCUAGAUUCACUCAUAUCGAGGCUCCGUCAAUGUCACGCUUCGUUACGGAUUCUGGCAAGCUUGCCCAAUUGGACGCACUGCUAAAGGAGCUCAAGGUCAACGACCACCGCGUGCUGCUCUACUUCCAGAUGACACGAAUGAUCGAUCUGAUGGAGGAGUAUCUGACGUACCGCAACUACAAGUUCGUGCGACUCGACGGAUCCACCAAGCUCGAAGACCGUCGCGACACUGUUGCCGACUUCCAGAGCGACCCAACCAUCUUCGUCUUCUUGCUGUCAACACGUGCUGGCGGUCUUGGUAUUAAUUUGACCUCUGCCGACACGGUCAUUUUCUACGACUCCGAUUGGAACCCUACGAUCGAUUCGCAGGCUAUGGAUCGCGCCCAUCGUCUCGGUCAAACCAGGCAGGUCACUGUCUACCGUCUCAUCACCCGCGGCACCAUCGAGGAACGCAUUCGCAAGCGUGCGUUGCAGAAGGAAGAAGUGCAGCGCGUUGUUAUUUCCGGAGGCGCCGGAGGCGCCGUCGACUUCAACACUCGGUCCCGCGAGAACCGCACCAAGGAUAUGGCCAUGUGGCUCGUAGACGACGACCAAGCCGCCGAGAUCGAGAAGAAGGAAGCUGAACUCGCCGAGCAGGAGAAGAACGCGCCGCCGGGCAAGAAGCGCAAGGCCAAGAAGCGUGUCGAGGCCAACUUAGACGACAUGUAUCACGAAGGCGAAGGCCAUUUCGACCAGAGCGAAAAGCCCAGCGGCGCCGCGACGCCCAUCCCCUCGGAAGCGCCCGCAGGCAAGAAGAAAAAGGGCCUCAGCAAGAAAGCCAAGACGGCCAAACAGCGCCUCGCCGUUGCCGACGGCGAGGUCUAGCCGCUUGGCCUCGGGCUCCGGGCCCCUGUACCACCACCACGUUUCCUUUCUCAUCUAUAUCUUGCGCCCGCGCGGAGCUACACGACACAGGCGCGCCGCCGCGUUUGCUGCCCAGGAGCCACGAGGGAGGCCGGGCUUGUGUAACACUACGACCGAGGUUCGGGGUUUCGCGCUGGAGUUUGGGGCGCUGCGGCCCGGGGCUGUGCUGUGUCUGUGCCUGUGCCUGUGCCUGUGCUGCCCUGCCCUGCGCUGCGCUACGUGCGGUACGGUGCGGUGCGGCAGGGUCCGGUAAUGUGGUCAUGCGGUAGUCUAUCUGUGCAGGUAGAUAUGCGUGUUCGGCU